AUGAUGGAGAACAGGACAGAAGUGACAGAGUUCCUACUGUUGGGACUCACCAAUGACCCAAGCCUACAACUUCCCCUGUUUAUCACCUUUCUCCUCAUCUACACCAUGACCCUGUUGGGGAACCUGGGAAUGAUCUUUCUAAUUCUAUUGGACCCUCGCCUUCAUACCCCCAUGUACUUUUUCCUGGGUAAUCUUUCCCUUGUUGAUCUUGGUUAUUCUUCAGCUGUCACACCCACAGUCAUGAUUGGACUCCUAGUAGGAAACAAGAUCAUGGCAUACAAUGACUGUGCUGCUCAGUUGUUCUUUAUGGCAGGUUUUGCUACUGUGGAAAAUUACCUAUUAGCCUCAAUGGCCUAUGAUCACUAUGAAGCAGUGUGCAAGCCCCUACACUAUGCUAGCAACAUGACUACAGGUAUUUGUACAUGGCUGAUUGCAGGGUGCUAUGCUUGUGGCUUUCUGAAUGCCUGUAUCUAUACUGGAAACACAUUCGGUCUCUCCUUCUGUGGAUCCCAUGUGGUGCAUCAUUUUUUCUGUGAUAUGCCAGCAGUCAUGGCUCUCUCUUGCUCUGAUAGACACAUAAAUGAGCUGGUUCUUAUUUUUCUACCAGCUUCAAUAUCUUUUUUUGCUCUCAUAAUAAUAUUAGUAUCAUACAUUAUAAUUUUUGUAAUGAUGUUUAAGAUGCACUCAGGAGUAGGGCAUCAGAAGGCUAUUUCCACGUGUGCCUCCCACUUUACUGCAGCUUCUAUUUUCUAUGGAACUAUCAUCUUCAUGUAUUUGCAGCCCAGCUCUCAACAUGCAAUGGACACUGACAAAAUUGUGUUUGUCUUUUACAUCAUGAUCAUCCUUAUGUUGAACCCUCUAGUCUACAGCCUGAGGAACAAGGAGGUCAAGAAUGCAUUCAUAAAAAUAGUAUAG